GCAGGAACACAGAACAGCAACAUAAACGAAGAAGGUGGAUUUCGGCUUGGCAUUGAAACAAGGGAAAUACUACAGUACAUGCGACUAUGCUUCGGUGUCGGAAAAUAACGCGACAGGUGUCGGGAUUGCGCUGCGCUACCGGAUUCCUGAUCCUGAUGGUCUGUCUCCAAGCAUCACUGCGCGUCACACAGGCAGCAGUUACUAAGAGGCGACACAAUUAUAUCCAGAUAGAUGGUCAAGAAGGUGUCCAGCCACAUGGGAAAGGUAAACGUGCUUGGGAGACAGCGCUUCUACUGACUACAAGAAAUGAAGAAAAUGGGAAAAAGGUUCCAGCUUUACAGGGCGGCAUUUACAUUUGGUGGAUGUUCAGCAGUAGAGGCAACUUCACACUGAAGGACAACAACACAAGCCUUGUUGUGCCUAAGAAUGGCCUAUAUUUAUUGAAUCUGAAGAUGUAUUACAAUAUAGGUUCUAAUAAUCAGUGUACGCGAAUGUUGACUUUGAAAACCAUUAUUCGGCAAUACCAUUCUUCUUACCCAAGAUGGAGAGACGUCAUAAUAGGCACAGACACGAUGCAAUGUGUGCAUGGCUGGCAGCAAUCUGUUACUUUAACUCAAGUGAUUAGGUUGUACAAAGGAACGAUGCUUAGAGUUAUCAUAGAUCCAAAUAACUAUCAGUUUAUUAACAGGGAUCAUAGCACUUACUUCACUGUCACUCGUCUGUAGUAAGGUUCCUACUUGAAAUUAAUACUCUCAUGUUGUAUUGUGUUCUUUAUCGUGUUCUAUAUUGCAUUUCUGUGCAAAUCACAGAGCAAAAAGACCAUUAUGUUUUAAAUAUAUGAUAUUUCUUUGCAUUUUGCAUGUUUUUUUAACUACGACGUAGAAAUUCUUGUAAAACAUAUUCCCAUAAGGAAUCUAUAUGCUGAAUAUAAUAUAUUGAAUAAACAAAGGCCUUUGCGUUAUCAGUCUUUUAUAAAUAAAU